AUGGGGAAGUAUGAGGGUGAUCCGGUGUGGGAUGACGUUGUGCCUAUACCACAAGAUGAUGGAGAGGGGGCUUUAGCUGCUAUUGCUUAUACGGAUGAAUAUGCUGAAGCAAUGGGAUAUCUCCGUGCGGUAAUGGCUGCAAAAGAAUACUCUCCGAGAGUACUGGAUCUCACAGAACAUAUCAUCUCCAUGAACGCAGCACACUAUACGGUGUGGCUAUACCGUGCCUCUACCCUCCUAGCACUCAACUCUUCCAUCCCUGUUGAGCUUGAAUGGGUCAACAACGUGGCUCUCGACAACCAGAAGAAUUACCAAAUUUGGCAUCAUCGUCAAAUUCUCAUCGAUCAUCUCUACGAUUCGAUGUCUUCAGAUCCAGCCGCGUUGAAAUCACUAGCUGAGUCAGAAGUAGCAUUCAUGACGGAAAUGUUCAACGAAGACUCGAAGAAUUAUCAUGUCUGGAGCUACCGUCAGUGGGUAGUGCGCAAGUUAGACCUAUUCGACAAAGGGGAAAUCGAAUGUAUCGAAACCCUGUUAAGACAAGAUGUAAGGAAUAACAGCGCCUGGUCACAUCGUUUCUUCGUCGUAUUUUCAAAUCCAAAAUACUGUACCCCAGGUUCGAAAGCCACGGAAUACGAUCCUAAGAUCCCGGGCGAGAUUCUGGAUCGAGAGAUUGAGUUCGCCAAAGCGGCGACUUUUGAAGCACCACAGAACCAGAGUCCGUGGAAUUAUCUUAGGGGUGUCUUGAAGAAGGGUGGAAGGAAGUUGAGUAGUUUGGAAUGCUUUGCUGGGGAAUUUGUGAAGAUUCCUGAAGUGGGAGAGGAGGAUAUUAAGAGUAGUCAUGCGUUGGACUUUCUAGCUGAUGUAUGGGCGCAGAAGGGAGAGAAUGAGAAAGCGGAUAAGGCGUUGACUUUAUUGGGGGAUAAGUAUGACAGGAUUAGGAAGAAUUAUUGGGAUUGGAGGAGGACGUCGUUGAAAUGA